AUGUCUUCCCAAAAGAUUGUGUUGGUGAGUUCUGAUGGCGAGACUUUCGAAGUUGAGGAAGCGGUGGCGAGAAAACUUCAGAUCGUAGGACACAUGAUCGACGACGACUGUGCCCAUAAACCAAUCCCGCUUCAAAACGUUACUGGAAAGAUCCUCCCCAUGGUUGUCGAGUAUUGCAAAACACACGUCAACGAUGUAGAUGAUGCUGCUGAUGAUAAAGAAGACAGCGAGGAAGACAAGAAGAAGAAGAAGAAAGCUGAUGCUGCUUCAGCCUCUGGAGAUGAUCAUAUUCAUACCGACAAGAAGCUCGAGGAGGUCGAGGCUUUUGACAAAGGCUUCUUGCAGGAUUUAGAUUUGGAAACCGUCUUCCAAGUCAUUCUCGCUGCUAACUAUCUCAACGUGAAAGGACUUCUUGAUCUCACUUGUCAGAACGUUGCUGAUCACAUCAAAGACAUGUCUGUAGAGCAAGUUAGAGAAAUCUUUGGCAUCCAGAACGAUUUCACUGAGGAAGAAGAGAAAACGAUUCGAGCGGAGAACGCAUGGGCUUUUGAGGAUGUUGCACAACCCUAA